AUGCCCUGUCCCGUUACUGAGGUCUCGGGAAUGCCCUGUCCCGUUACUGAGGCCUCGGGAAUGCCCUGUCCCGUUACUGAGGCCUCGGGAAUGCCCUGUCCCGUUACUGAGGCCUCGGGAAUGCCCUGUCCCGUUACUGAGGCCUCGGGAAUGCCCUGUCCCGUUACUGAGGCCUCGGGAAUGCCCUGUCCCGUUACUGAGGCCUCGGGAAUGCCCUGUCCCGUUACUGAGGCCUCGGGAAUGCCCUGUCCCGUUACUGAGGCCUCGGGAAUGCCCUGUCCCGUUACUGAGGCCUCGGGAAUGCCCUGUCCCGUUACUGAGGCCUCGGGAAUGCCCUGUCCCGUUACUGAGGCCUCGGGAAUGCCCUGUCCCCUUACUGAGGCCUCGGGAAUGCCCUGUCCCCUUACUUGA